UGACUACUGCAGAAUCUCACUCUUGAGCAGUUGGUCUGUCAACUGCCGUGGCUGCCUUUGGCGUUUAGUCCCAAGAAAGAAAGGGAGAGUUUCAAUCCUUUGGAAGACUAUCCAUUCCAGGAUUCCCUUUGAAGUGUUUGACCUGUCCUUGGAAAAGCCUUUCUUCUGAGAUGGCAGCCCUCAAGGAGAAACACAAACCAUCUGAGGGCAGACGUCAAGACCUGUUGCGCCAAUGCCCUGUGUUGCUCAGAAAAUUCUGGAGACAGAAGAAAUGCCAUCUCUUCUUGUUCCGUGAUGUUCUGGUUGUGUCUAACAGUGUGCAUAAGAUGAAGUUUAAGAUAAAAUACAUCAUCCCUCUGAAUUUCUUCUGGGUGAGUAACUAUGGGCAAUCAGGAAGAGCUGACCACAGUGCUACUAGCAAGUCCAUCGUCCUGCACUGGUCCAAGAAAAGAGUUGUGGCCACCUUCAGGUCCCUUGACGAGAAAGAACUAUGGUACAUAGUCCUUCUAAGACGCCUUUCUGAAUCCUUGACGAUUAAGAGAAAGGAGAUUGCAUGGCAGCCAUUCUCCAAGGACAUUCCAGGCUCAGCCAGUGCAUGUGCAUAGACACCUACUGAUGUCAUUGCCUGAUCCAGAGGAAGACACCCACGUGUCCUUUCUGGGUAAAUAAAAUGUCCUUUGUGUUGAGAA